AUGUUGAGUCCCUCCCGUCUGGCCGAAAUCAAGGCAGAAGAAUCCAUCAUCAUAACUCAACUAGAAAGCCUUCGAGAACGCGACCGCGACCUGACUACUCUCAUUGGCCAAAUGGAAGCCAUGCGCACCGAUGUCCAAGCCAAAUCAGCCUCCCUCGAAGCACAGUUGAAGAAGCUUAAAGCACUCGAAUGUUCCAUAAAUAGACUCCCGAGCGAGCUAUUGCUCCAUAUAUUCGACAUUUGUGUGGUGACUGAUACUAUCAAUACCAGGCAACCGACUUACCAAGGUGUCGCCCUGUCUGUCUCGCAGGUCUGUGGUCUCUGGCGGCGACUCUGCUUGGCAACGACAGGUCUAUGGACCCGGUUACAGUUCGAGUGUACGAAAUCAAGCCUGAAAAUCGCCGACCUUUUUCUACAUCGUUUAGCUGGGCAGCCGCCUGUCGAGAUCACAUACCAAUGCUCCAAGGGUGGCCCGCGAGACGACUCCGUCGAGGAUCUCAUCUUGGACAUAGUGGAUACAUACUCCCCCAGUUUGAAUUCAUUGACCUGGAAAACACUGGACUCUAGAAACCUUCCUCUCAUCAUCACCCUUGUCAACCGGCCCGCCGCAUUAUUGGCCAUCCGACGCCUCCAUAUCUCUUGCGGAGCUGCUCAGAUUGCUAAUCAUGCACGACAGGAAGAGCGCGCGCGGCGCAAAGUCCUCUUACCUUUCAGUUCCGACAAAGAAUGGACCUGUUCCCUGGAAGAACUCCACUUGGAUCAUAUCCCCCUUUCCUUUCUCUCGUCAUUCCUCUUUACGAAUCUUCGUUUUGUAGAACUAAACUCGACCGGAUCAGCGCGUCCCCCCAUUCACCUGUCUGUUUUGCGGUCCUUCAUCUCGACAGCCAGACAACUGGAGGUGUUAGUCCUUACGCAAAUCCAUAUCUUAUUCCCGGGAGAGGACGACAUUCCGACUUCUUUAGAACCCGUAGAAUCCCCUUCGUUGAAGCAUAUCGAAUGGAACGGCCAGCUCUCCUACACAGACCUGCACAAAUUGUUUCGUCUUCUCCACUUCCCGUCCCUGGAGAUAAUCGACAUCUGCGUAGACAAAAUAAGCGACCAUGGAGUUAGAUUGGGCGCAGAGGGCAUAAUAAUCUUCAAGUGCCUCAAAGAGCUCUACAUCCAGUUCGAAUGCGACUUCGAUAACAACAAACACGAGUCCUCACUACGAUGCUACGCCUUUCCCCAUCUACAGAAGUUGGAUCUUAUCAAUACUGGUCUGUGUCCUAUCCAUGGCGCUGUGCCGCGACUCGAGCAAAUCUUUCGAGACCCUCGUCUACCACACCUUACGCAUCUCACGCUGUCACGCUAUGAAAUAACGACCUCGCAGAGGACGGCAGUUCAAGCGAUGCUCGGCUAUUUGCCUGCCCUGACCUAUCUGGGUUUGGAUACCUGCGUCGGUGUUGGGGUGAUAUUAGGUUGUCUUGCGGACCUCACGGUUAUCACCACGUUUGCAAAGGACGGUCCCGGCAAGGGCAUCAUGUCUACGGGAAGUCCCAGGGUCAAAGUCUGUCCCAGAUUAGAAAUCCUGGCUUUUUGGAGGUGUAACGACUUGGAGAUCGAGGACCUCCGUGCUGCCAUAACGGCGCGAAACAAACAAUAUGAGGCAAUGCCCGGACAAGAACAGGACGAUGAUAUCUCUUCGCGGGCCUUGUCAAGGAAGGAAAAGAAUGCCCAACUUUUGAGGGUCAUUAAACCGUUGAGGAAGCCUCGUUCCCGGCAGCACGGGGGGCCACGCCAGGAUCAGGCCAAGAUAGACCUCGAACCGUCAUCCGUGACCCACAUGGACCAUGGCGUACCCUUUAUCGGGGUCCCAACUCCCACUGCCAAUGUCAUCCAUGUUCGGAUCGAGGGCUGCGAAGCUGUGAAGGAGGAGGAAGCGUUGUCGCUUGAGGAACUGGGGGUUUUAGAAGUAGCGUGGAAAGAAAAUACGGAAAGAAAGCCUACGUCUUCUUGA